UUAUUUCUGGUUUCAAGUCUGCCUAAAGCGUCCCCUGUUGUGGUUGAACAGAACGGCGCUGUUAGCCGUCAAUACAAAGAAUUUCUCUCUUAUGCCAAGUUCGUACAGCAUUCAAACCAUUCCUUAGGAGGUGUAGAAAAAAUUGCUUCCUUUUUAGUCGAGAAACAGUCGGAGUGUUCUUUCAGCUGUAUCAAUGAACCGAGGUGUUAUUCAUGCAACACAGCCUCAUAUCCAGACUUAGCAGGCUCUUAUUUGUGUGAACUAUUGGCCACUGACAAAUACAGAGCUAAAACAAAGUUCCAACCCAAUUCGUCAUUUCAUCAUUACAGCCUUUGGGUAAGUGUAGUUGCAACUACUCUGUUCAGUUCUUUCUUUCUUGUAUUUGUAAAUUUUAACUAUAAGAGAGCUCCUACGCUGGACUCAAACUAGCAGAGGUGAAUCAUAUUAGUUUAAUAACUGACUAUUCACUUCUAGCACUGCCGACAAGCGUCCAAUCGGUUCUCUCUUUUAUAUUUACUUUUCCUGAUAAAUAAAAUAUCAACUUAAUUAUAAAACGGCAGAUUUUAGUCAAAGGCCUUGAUCUAGUUUCUGUUUUUGUGUUUUGGCAGUCGAAGGGACAUAGUGCGAUGUCCCAAAGGCCCAUGUCUAGUUGUGGGUGAUUAACUAUGUACGAUAGGCCUUAGGACCGGAGUCAAUAAUUAAAAAAAAAAAAAUUAUGGUAUAUGUUAGGUUUUGUUUCUGCCUAUUAGGUUUCAUUUUAUACACAGGACCCUUUUCAAGAAGAACGUUGUGGAAACAAUGGUGACUGUAUUCCUGACUUUGAAAACUAUUCUUAUAGCUGUGAUUGUCAUCCGGGGUUUGCAGGGAAGCACUGCGAGCGAAGAGGUACAUCAGUCACACCAGUUUGAACAUAUAGAUUGAAUGAAGUAAUGUCAUCUCCUAGCCUUCAGUCUUUUAAAGUUUCACUGAUUAAGUACCUUCGCUCAUAAUUUACCUUAAAAUACUAGGCAUAGUGUCUUUACUAUAAGUUUAUGCAUUAUUAUUAGGCAUCUAGGUUUAUAAUUUAUAGUCUAAUUUAUAGUCUUUUAAUAUAUGUUUAUAUAUUAAUUAAUUAUUUUUUUUUUCUUUUUUCUUUUUUGGAGGGUGUGUCUUAGCAUGGGAAUUUGGUUUCCCCCUACUACCGUCCUGUUAACCAUUUUUGUAUUUUUGUUCGAUUGUAUAUGUUAGUAUUAGUUCAUUUGUAUCAGUUAUGUAUGGUUACGAACUGUGAUUAACGAUUAAAGAUUAAAGAUUAAUGCCGAUUCCUCGUCUAAAUCCACAGCUUUCAGUUAAAACUAACAACACCAUUGAAAUACAUAUUGACAUAUAAUAAACAGAUUGAGCACGGGAUAAAAGCGAAUCAAGCCUCCGUUUACACACUUAAAAAAGGUACGGUUGAGCUACCCAUGGGCAAAUGGCUGUUGCCCACGGGGAGACUAAAUUUCGCGUGCGACUGUUUUUCUCUAGGUGAAAUUGCCAGAAGUAUCCAUGAAAACUUCCGAGGUAAGUUCUUAUCGGCUCAAGCAAUCACGAGAAAGUGAAAUGUAUUUGAAAAGUAAAAGUAAUAAUUCCAACUAAUAAUUCCAAACACUGGAUUCUGGAUUCUUUGUCAAUGGAACUUGGAUUCCGGAUUCCAAAUUCGGAGAUUCCGGAUUCCACAAGCAAAAUUUUUCCCGUAUUUCGGAAUCCAGAUUCCCUUACAUGGAGCGAAUGUUUCCUGUGGUGUAGGUAUUAUCGUUAAGUUUUGAGAGACAACUGUAUACGAUUGGCCAUUGGCAGACUUACUGUAUAUGGUGAUUAUUGAUUGUUUAAUCGUUUAUUUGUUUGGUUGUUGUUGUUGCUGUUUUCACACUUUCUGUUCUAGGAUAAAACCCGCUAAUCAAUAUGCUCAGGACUUAACGCAAAGCUAAUUGCCCUAUUAUGUAUUUCUCUUUCCCAUUUAGGUGAAACCUGCAGCGAAAUAAAAUCUCGUAGCACUCAAGCCCUAAGUGGUUCUUACGUCAUUGAUCUCGACGGCGAAGGAGGAUACAAUUCCUUCAGCGUCUACUGUGACAUGAUAGACAAGAAUGGCGUUGGUGUGACUAUACUUAGUCACGACAGUGAAGAUAGAACUCUGGUAGAUGGUUUCGAGGAAAAGGGAAGUUAUGUGCGAAAUGUUUAUUACAUCGGGGUAGGAGUGAGCAGGGUCGCGCAAAUAUCUGGCAUUCCGAUGGUCUCUGCAUAUUGCGAGCAGUUUAUCAAAUACGAGUGUAAAGGCAGUCUGCUUUUCCGCUCUGCACCAGCAGGCUGGUGGGUAUCACGUGACAGCAUUCAGAUGUUGUAUUGGGGUGGAGCCUCUCCAGAUGAUUUCAGAAAGUGCGCAUGCGGGGUUGCAACCCCAAACACAUGUGUAGAUACCUCAUAUAGCUGCAACUGUGAUGCAAAUAUUGGCAGUUACUGGCAUGAGGAUAGUGGGAAUCUCACUAACAAAAAUCAUCUCCCUGUGAUACAAUUAAGGUUUGGGGAUACCGGAGACGGUGAUGAGGCUGGCUAUCAUACGCUUGGGAAACUAAGGUGUUAUGGAAUGGCUUAG